AGCCACGCCGGCUUUGUAAAGUUCGGAUGGGAGGCCUUUUUUGAGGGGACCUUUUGCGCGGAUGGCAUCGCAGGCACGGCAAAGAAAGGGCAAAGUUCCGAAUAAUCCACCUGAGAUAGAUGUUGACCUGCCCGAGUCAUCUGCAGUUGCUCGGAUAGUUGCAGGACAACCAACCCCAAGGUCGACUUUGGGCUCACCAUUGACCUCCCAUGCUUCUUACAAGAGGUCAGGCGUGGGAGAUUUAGGUGCUGGUCCUCGACGGCACAUCUCUUUGUCGCAGGUGGAGCUAGUGCCAUGGCUAUGUUGCAUGGCUCCGGCCAUUGCUCUGUUUGCGACGUACUUCACAGUGUUGUCAUCAGUACUCUGCUCGGCCUUCCUUGCAGAGAUAGUGACGGCAGUCCUUACCUUCAUUACGUGGCUUUGGAUCAGCAACCUCUCCUUGGCAAGUUUUGCCGGUGUCUUCAAGAUGAGACAGGCUGCCUCAGUUGAUUGGCAUUCUUUGCUACAUCAGAUGCCAGCUGACGCAAGAGCCGGAGUGAAGCACAUUGUGCUUUUGCCAAAUUAUAUGGAGAGCGAGAAGAUGAUGAAGGAGACGUUGGACAACUUGGCGCGCAGUCGUUUGGCCCGAUCGUGCGUGCAUGUUGUGCUUGCAAUGGAGGCAAGAGAAGGGCAAGCUGGUCGGGACAAAGCAGAGCGAAUAAUGGCAGAGAAGAAACAUCUCUUUGCCGACAUUUUUGCGACUUACCAUCCGCAGGGGCUUCCUGGAGAAGUAGCUGGCAAGUCCUCCAAUACCCAGUGGGCCUUCAGAGAGGCCCUCCGGCGAUAUGGAACAUCCUUGUCAAAGAGGGACUUGUCCCGCGUGUUCCUGACUGUGGCUGAUGCAGAUACCUUGCUACAUCCACAAUAUUUGAGCGCUAUGACUUACCAAGGUCUUUUGAUGGACAAGGAGGAACGCUCCUGGACAAUUUGGCAGCCACCAGUGCUGCUGGUUCGAAAUAUUUUUUCAGUUCCUGCGCUCACACGGACAUCCUCACAUGCAGCGCUGAUUUUCGAACUGGCGACCCUUGCAAGUCAGCACAUUUUCCCGGCCUUUGCCUACUCUUCGUAUUCCAUGACCUUGGCAUUGGCUUCUCAUCCCGAAGUGGAUGGGUGGGAUGUUGAUGUGAUCGCAGAGGACCAUCACAUGUACUGCAAGUGCUACUUUGCCGCUCUGUGGGAAUUAUCACAUGCCAAAAAGGAACAUGUCAAGAAAGCUGGUGAGGAGAAUGACACAAUUGAUUUGAUUCCCCAGGUUAAGGUGCAGGCAAUCUUUUGCCCUGCAGUGUCCUACUUGGUCGAGUCCACAGAAGGCUAUAUUGCGUCUCUUUUUGCGCGGUUUCAGCAGGCGCGGCGCCACACUCAAGGCCUUGUUGAGCUUGGCUACGUGUUCCUGCAAUGGUUCCGGCUUUCGUCUUCUGUUGGAUUCCUCAAGAUCCCCUGGAGGACGCAUUUCUCAGUUGCUAUGAUCGCUGCAAAAAUGCACACCAUCCACGUGAUUGCUGUGGCUCAGUGCUUCGCCCUGAUACUACUCUCAAUCACGCAACUGCUUCCAAGGGCAGGGAGAUUUGCUUCCUGGAUUUUGGAGGGAGGAUUUAGAGAGAUCUUCCAGGAGCUGUCAAGCAGUUGGUCUGGAAUGAACGGUGCCGAACAGGCGCUGCUCACCGCAAUUGGUCAAAUCUCGGGAAUCAUGUUGCUGUACUCCUUGACGUGUGCCAUGGUCGUCGGCGAUAUGGUGGAAGGAACUUACUAUGCCAAUGCAGAAUCAAAAGCUCCUAUCUCAAGUUCUAUGGCCAUUGAUCCGGUCGCAGAAGGAGAUGAGGUGCAAUCGCACGAGAGAGCUGCAGAACCAUCCAACCCUGCAGAGCGGUUGGAGAUGCCUGGCAUGCUGGAAGGUCGUCGAUCCUGGCCCUGGCGUAUUGGAUUAUUCUGCUACGUUUAUGCUGACACGAUGCUGUCAGGCUAUCCUGCGUGCUGUGCUUGGGGCAUGGUGCCGGGCAUGAUGGCAGGUUGGUCCCUGUUAAGACGUGGAACCGACUUUGAGUAUAUCGUGGCUAUGAAGCCUGAGUGAGCAUUUGCAGCGGCACUUGCUUUUAUCCUGACUCAAUUGUCAAAGGAUUUCUUGCGGCCCAUCGCUGCAGAUGUUCCGUCGUUCUUCAGAUGUUUUGAAACAUGUUGACAC